UUUUUAUAUAUCCAUUUCUGCUUGUUUCUACUACGGCGGCUGAAAGGGAGUUGGUGAACUAUAAAUCCAACGUUUUUCGUUGAACGGUGUGUCUUCAGCGUCGUCGUCUCCGUUUUCAAUUCAAAGAUCCGUGUAAGGUGCUACUGCGCUGUUAUUUUGUUUUCUCUUCUGAUUUUUGUGUAAAAAGGGUGUAAUUCAGCUGUUUGGUUGCCGAGAGAUCGGAGGAAAAUCGAGGCAUCAACUGAACUGAAUACUUGGUGCGUCUAGAAGAUGGGAUCGAGUACAUGGUCUGUCGAGAAACGAUCUGGUCUUAGAAGUGAUACCUUCUUAAAAGAUAUUGACAACGUGCCGGAAACUGGGUGUCUCUCUAUUAUUGUGCUUGGUGCUUCCGGUGAUCUUGCCAAGAAGAAGACUUUUCCAGCUCUCUUCAACCUUUACCGCCAGGGAUUCUUACACUCAAAUGAGGUACACAUUUUUGGUUAUGCAAGGACCAAGAUAUCAGAUGACGAGUUGAGAAAUCGCAUACGUGGAUACCUUAUCAACAAGGAUGCUACAUCCGAGCAUUCAGAAGAAGUAUCUAAAUUUUUGCAACUGAUCAAAUAUGUGAGUGGAUCAUACGAUGCCGAGGACGGUUUUCGUUUAUUGGAUAAGGAGAUCGCUGAGCAUGAAUUCUCAAAAAACUCUCAAGAAGGAUCAUCACGGAGACUCUUUUAUCUUGCACUUCCUCCAUCAGUAUAUCCGUCUGUCUGCAGGAUGAUCAAGCUUUGUUGCAUGAAUAAAUCUAAUCUUGGUGGAUGGACACGCAUUGUGGUUGAGAAGCCUUUCGGCAAGGAUUUGGAUUCUGCAGAGCAACUUAGUGCCCAGAUUGGAGAGUUAUUUGAUGAACCACAGAUUUACCGUAUUGAUCACUAUCUGGGAAAGGAACUCGUGCAGAAUUUGUUGGUACUUCGUUUUGCAAAUCGCAUGUUUUUGCCCCUCUGGAACCGUGACAACAUUGAUAAUGUACAGAUUGUGUUCAGGGAGGAUUUUGGAACUGAAGGUCGUGGUGGAUAUUUUGAUGAAUAUGGAAUUAUCCGUGAUAUUAUUCAAAAUCAUCUACUGCAAGUCCUUUGCCUGGUUGCCAUGGAGAAGCCCGUCUCUCUCAAACCUGAGCACAUCCGAGAUGAGAAAGUGAAGGUUCUUCAAUCAGUGCUUCCUAUUACUGAUGAUGAGGUUGUUCUUGGACAAUACGAAGGUUACACAGAUGACCCAACAGUUCCUGACCUUUCAAAUACCCCAACUUUUGCAUCUAUGAUUCUGCGUAUACACAAUGAAAGAUGGGAAGGUGUUCCUUUUAUACUUAAAGCAGGGAAAGCACUAAAUUCAAGGAAGGCAGAAAUUCGCAUUCAAUUCAAGGAUGUUCCUGGUGAUAUCUACAGAUGUCAAAGGCAGGGGAGAAAUGAAUUUGUAAUACGCCUCCAACCUUUAGAGGCCAUUUACAUGAAGCUUACGGUCAAGCAGCCUGGGCUUGAAAUGUCAACUGUACAAAGCGAACUAGACUUGUCAUAUGGACAACGUUAUCAAGGGUUUACAAUUCCAGAGGCUUAUGAACGUCUAAUUCUUGAUACGAUACGAGGUGAUCAGCAGCAUUUUGUUCGCAGAGAUGAGUUGAAGGCGGCCUGGGAGAUUUUCACACCUCUUCUGCACAGAAUUGACAAUGGAGAAAUGAAGCCAAUUCCAUAUAAGCCUGGAAGCCGAGGUCCAUCUGAAGCAGAUGAGCUGCUCUCAAAAUCCGGUUAUGUCCAAACACAUGGCUAUAUAUGGAUACCUCCAACCUUAUAGGAAUAUGACAUGUCUGCAUGUUAUGGGUUUUAGUUGAGGCCCACCUGUAACACACCUAUCCUAUAGUCAUAUAGUCCUACCAUGUAUGGUUUAUCAACCCGAAUCCACAAUCCUAUAUUGCGUCAACGCUUGCUUCAACUCCGUAACCUUAAUGAGCUAUCGCUUUAGAAUAAGAAUCUUGUUUGGUGUGUGUAUUGGUAGUAGUCCAAUCAAUAAAUUUUUGUUUAAGCCAUUGCAAUAAAAUAUAUUCAUGUCUCACUUUGCUA